UAAUAGUCGGACUUAACGUCGCGACUAAAGGGGCCCAACCCUUUAGUCGGGGAAAGCGAGUUGUCCCGCACCGAUCCCAGAAAUUUCCAAUUUGUAUGGAACACCCAUAGUAAAAAUCAAUCAAUUUGAUCACCACCAGCCCAAAUCACCCUGAAAAUCAGUCAAAUUCAACAGUAAUGGCUCGCCUAAGCAACCUCCCCAACUAUACACUCCUCCGCGAUAUGCCAGAGAGGGAUAAGCUCCGUAAAGCUAUUCAAUUCCUCAAGGCCAACCCAGAAGAGACUCCCGCGACUGCGGCACGCGCGUAUUACGUACGAAAUGAAGAUACAGUAAAGAAAACAUGGCAGAGAGAGAGGAAGAAGAUGGGAACAGCGAGAGCAUUAAUUCAGUAUGCGGUAUCGCACGCGAUUAAUGGAGGGAAAGGAGCCACAAAGCAAAUAAUAUAUAACUGCGCAAUGUGGAUACGAACGGAGGACAAUAAGAUAGCUCCAUCUUGGAAAUGGUUCUCUCAAUGGCUAAAGAGCACUCCAGAACUUCAUAUGAUUAAAACGAAGCCUAUUGCGAGCCACCGUAUCGAUCUCCAUACCGAACAGAGCCUACGCGAUUAGUUUGAGACUGAAUAUCGUCCGGUAUUAGAGGAAACUGGUAUAUGCCAUGGGGAUCAGAUACAUAAUAUAGACGAGAAAGGAGCACGAAUUUGUAUACCUGCAGGAGAGGAGGUUAUCGUACCGAUUGGAAUCAAGGAGAUAUAUACGGGGAUACCAGAGAAUCGCAUAUCUCUUACGAUAAUUGAAUAUAUAUCUGCAAAUGGCAAGGCAAUUCCUCCGGUAGUAAUUAUACCUGGAGUCAUAAUUAUGGUUUCCUGGUUCCACGAAAAUAUAACCGG